AUGUGCUACUACGGAGGAUACUAUGGUGGCCUAGGCUAUGGCUAUGGAGGCCUGGGCUAUGGCUAUGGCUGUGGCUAUGGCUGUGGCUAUGGCUGUGGCUAUGGCUGUGGCUAUGGCUGUGGCUAUGGUGGCUAUGGGGGCUUUGGUGGCUAUGGUUAUGGCUGCUGCCGCCCACUCUGCUGUAGAAGGUACUGGUCCUGUGGAUUCUACUGA